CAUUCGAAUGAGAGGCUGUUCCUCAGGGAUUUUGUUGUUUGCUCGGCUGGAACGAGCGGAGGAAGAUUUGCACGAUGGCUUCAACCAGAAAGCUUUGUCGAUCCAUCUAAAUGCGAAGCAAUUUAUGCUAAAGAAGAUAUGAAAUGCGGCUGGCCUGCAAUCGUAACUAUUCUCACGAGAGAUCAGUAUGGAGAAGUGGUUCAUGCUCCUGGGCUAAAGAUUGAAGUUAAAGCGGUACCAAUUGAGAAGAAAGAUAUAUCUGAUGGAGAUCAGGGAAGAAAAAUACGAAGAAUAUCUCAAUCUGACCCAAUGACUUUUGGUGGUCAUCCUCCUCCUCCUUUAGAUAUUCCUUAUGAAGUUACAGUUAAUAAUAAAAUGUGCUUUUAUGCUAUAACAAUAAUGCAUCCUUAUCAAAAUUACUCUUUUGAAGAGUUAAGAUUUAUGUCUCCUAUCGUUAAGCGAUCAAGUGAAAGUAUGUUAGUCAGGCCUAACGGUGAUGGCAGUUAUAGUGCAACCUGGACACCUUCUUCUGUUGGUUGGUACUCUUUGAUGAUUACGAUUGAUGGAUACAGCAUAGAAAAUAAUUAUAAAGUCGAGAUAACAGAACUUCCCCAAGGAAUGCAUUCGUCAAUGUCGAACAUUUUGAAAAAACCACAACAUCAUCAAAACCGACAUAGAAGAUUCAUUGGAAAAGAUAGUGCAGGGUUAAGAAUCCGAUCACAUCCUUCACUACAGAGUGAAGAGAUUGGAAUUGUACCAAACAAUGGAACUAUUACAUUUAUUGAAGAGGUUCACAAUGACGAUGGAGUUUGGUUGAGAUUAAAUUCAGAAACAAUCAAAAAUUAUUGCAGUACAAAUCCUUCAGAAGCUUGGUGUUUAGGAUUUAAUCAACAUCUAGGAAAAAAAUUAUUAAUUCCUCUAGAUGACACGAAGCCUAUAGAAUCUGGAAGUAAAGAAAUACCUUUAAGACGGCGAAUUGAAGGAAAUGACGAAAAAAAGAAACCAACGACUGCGUUUGGAGAUUGGGGUUGGACUGCAGUUAAAGGAGAAAGAACGAUGGUAGUAACUAAAACUGGAGCCUCGUGCCAUAAUAUAAGAAGUAGACCAAGUUUAAAAGCUGCUACUGUUGGAAUGCUUGCUCUUGGAGAUAUAGUUACUAUUGAAGAAUAUUGGGUUAACUCAGAUGGUACUUGGGUCCGGAUUAGUGAUGAAUCUGCUGCAGAAUAUUGCUAUAGUGAUGGAGAAGCCUGGUCUUUAGCAAUUGAUAAGAAUGGAGUAACUCGCAUGAAAGUAAAUCAUGAUGUCGAAAUUGAACCACCAGAAAAACGAACUCCUUACGCUGUAGAAAAUAUUAAAUCACCUGGAAAAGCUUUUGAAUUUUCUACUCCUUCGGGUAGUCGUGAAGGAUUUGUUUUUACAACUCCCAAUUUUUCUGCUGGAAUUGGUAGCGGAACCAGUGAUCAAUAUGAAAGUACAAACCCAUUUGUUUUCAAGUCUUUCAAUCAAGGUUCACCGCGGAGUGAGAGAAUAGUUUCCGAGAAAAGUGAAGUGUCGCCAAAGUAUACGAGAACCCAUUUGAAAGAGAGCGUGAAAGAAAAUGAAAAAGAAGGUGGAAGUAAAUUUAGUGUUCUUCAGAAAUGGUUAAAGGGUGAUGACAAAAAUGAUAGAAAGACGGUUGGCAGAGAUUUUACGGAGUUCGUUGGUGUAUCGGUGAAGGAGUUAGUAAAAGCAAUUGGUGAAAGCAGAGCAAAUGGGAAUGGUGUUACACCACCAGAGACUCCUAGAAGAUUAUCGCGAAGUUCAUCACCUAAAAAUCCCCAAGGUGGGUCUCCAAGAUUUCACAGCAGAUCUUCUAGUCCAGUUCCUAUACCUGCUGGACCCAGCCGUCAACCAAUUGGUUCUGGUAAUUGUCUCUUUCCUCCUGUCGCUAACGUUCCAGGUGGGAGAAGUUUGAUUGAAGGGGGAGAGAGUGCUUGCAGCAGUCCUCUGCAUUACGGCUCUCCCCGAAGCGUCGGCCUCUCCCCUUUAGUUUCAGGAGCAAUGAUGGAUAGCGGAACAUCUCAUCGACGAGGAUCAACUCAAAGUGACACAAGUGCCUUAGUUAGUAGCUUAACACGCGACCCAUCUCAAUCACCGAGUGGUAUCAGUAGUACAGCAAACACUCGAGAUAUAUCACCAAGCCCCAGCUGUAGUAGUCUACAGAUGCGGUCAGAAGGCAGCAUAACUAGUCCACCAGAAACACCACGAAGAGACCGAGAAGAACUUCUCGACACUCCGAAAAAGUUAUCUGCUGUUCAAACCCAAACUAGUCCUGAAAGCAUGACAACAGCAAUGAAAGGACAUUUUAGUAUUGGCUCCUCAGGGACAAAAGACGAUAGACAAUCUCCAAAAGUAACUCGUAGAAAUCAUACAAAAGCUGUAAAAAUUCGAACUAAACGUGCAAUAUCACCAGCAAAUACUCAAACAUUAAGUCCUUCAAGAACAUCGAAUCUGUCUAAAGAAAAAGUGAAAGAAGCUAUCAGUCCAUCUGUUGCUGAAUGUUUGCGGGCAGUUUUUGCUGCAUUUUUGUGGCAUGAAGGCAUUGUUCACGAUGCUAUGGCAUGUGCUAGCUUCUUGAAAUUCCAUCCAAAUCUUCCUAAAAAUGGUGCUUUGGUAGUCACGAGACAACCUAUGGUUCAUUCCAAUGAUAAACAGAAAGAGGAAAUGACGAGAGAACAACGAGCACGCCAAAGACAUUCAGUAGAAGUAACAAAUGCUGGUAAUUAUUUACAUAUUCAACCUAGCACUUUGGAAGCUUUGACGAGAUCAGCGGCAGGAGCCAAUGCAAAUCGAAAUCGUAAAAAGCAGGAUUCUUCAAUAAAAGAGGAGAUAAAUGGAAAACUUAUGUCUUUACCAGAAACUCAUACAGUUGCAAUCCUCCCACCUGCAUUAAAAAGUUUGGUAUUCUUGUGGGAAGAAGUAAGUAGCAAUUGUCUUCAAGCGAUUGAACAACAGACUAUUCUUCCCAGUCCUAUUUCCCACUUCCACUUGUUGAAAACACCCAAAAAGUCAAACUUUGAGAAAGAAGUUGAAGAAAUUAAUGAUUCAAUAGACGUUAAAGAUAAAGAUGAAAAGACUAGUGAUAAAGAAAAUGAUAAAAGAGUGCACAGAAGAAAAAAGGAAUUUAAUAGACUAGUAAGUAAACUCACAUCGACAGAAACUACUAAAGAAUUGGAGACAAUGUGUGAGCUUUGUGGCCAAAUGUUUCCACAUCCAAUUAUUUACCACAUGAAAAUGAUUCAUCCAGGCUGUGGAUGGCAUUCUGGAGGUAUGGGCUACAAUAACGUCGGAAAUUAUUGCUCGGGAUGGGCUGGAAAUUGUGGAGAUAGCGAUUUUGGUGGUACCUGUUGGUAUUUAAUGUGUGAUGCAUGCAGAGAUAAUUACUUAAAAACAUUGCGGUUCAAAAGUAGUAAUAGAAAAAUCGUUGGCAGUGUUUCCAGAAGAAGAGGAGUUAAACCUUUACUAUCUCCUAUUAAUAGUCCUAAUGGUAAUGAUUCUCAUAUAACAAUAAAAAAUAAUGCAAUGUUUUUACUAGAUUUAUCUAGUGCUGCUGGAGUAAGUAUUCCUAAACAACAGAGAAGGCCAUCACAAACACUAUCAUCAGUGGCAGAGAAUAAUAGUCCGCCAGAAACGAUAGGACCAUUUCCACCAACUGGACCUUUUCAAUGUCUACAAGCGCUGGGUGUUCAUUAUUCCCAAAGCCAUGAAGAAAGAUACUAUGAAGAAACUCUAAGACGUCAGAAUGGUCAGCAGAGUUAUUUUAAUGGCAAUAAAUUUAAUGCCACCAACGGAAGACCGUUAUCCGAAUGUCAUAUGAGUGAUAGUGAUGGAGAUGGAGGGAAAAUAAGAGGAGUUAGUACCUUUCACAGAUCUGUAUCCAUGUCAACUGCACCCUGGGCAAAGAAUAGUAAUGAUGGAAGAGUAGUAAUGAUGAGAAAAAGAAAUAACAGUAGUAGUGAAAUGAAUUCCGAAGCUGGAUCAUCACUUCUUUGUUAUCCUUCAGCAGCUCUUCAAAAAUUAGUACCAUCUAUGGAUCAAUCUGCUAUUGUUUCUUCAAAUCAGGAUGAACUUUGUUCCAAUGAUCGUAUAGAAAUUUUAACAAGACCAGUAAUGCUUUUCGUGCUACAACAACAUAAUCUUCAACAUCUUCAGUUAGCUAUGAGACAAGCUUUGAGAAGAGCAGCUUGCAGAGUUUAUGCAAUGCAAGCCUUUAAUUGGCUUUUAAGGAGUGUAACUCAACCUUUAGGCCUUCAUGAUCUUCUUUGGUGGUUUAUGGCUUUUUUGACUCCAGUAACUGUCGAAACUGUAGCUGGAGAUGAAGAUAUCCGAGAUCGAAAAGAAGAUCUUGAUAUGAGUGGUUUAUAUGAACAUCCUUUGAGUGAUUUAACGAUUGCUGGAGAGGCUAUUAAUCCUCUUCCGUCGGCUUUUCAUACUCUUCUUCAAACUAUCGCUGAUUUAAUGCUCUUACCACCACCUGGUUCUCCACUACAGCAAGCAGCCGUUCAGUGCUGGGGAAUUAAAUUUACUUCAGCGGAUCACAUGUUUCUUCAUCGAAGUCAUGUGUUCAGUAAUAUUAGUAAAAUAUUAUCUCGUUCGGAAGAAGAAGAAGACGUUACAAUGAGCAUGCAUGAAAGUCAUCAAUCUACAUAUUCACAACAAAUUACAACUAGUAUUGAAGCUUUGAAAGAUUUAACUCCUGGUAUUGAAAUUAAAGCGUCUAGUAGACAAGCUAUGAUUGGACACUUGACAGAUAGUUCAACAGAAACUUUCUGGGAGUCUGGUGAUGAAGACCGGAAUAAAACGAAGACAAUUGUUAUUGUUUGUGGAGCUCGAUCAUUUCCAAGAAUGAUUUAUGUUCAUAUCGACAAUUGUCGUGAUUUAACUCAUAAAGUAUCAAGUGUUACUUUUCAAUCUGGUGUAAAUGUUGAUGAAAUGGUGAAACUAAGAACAGUAGAAAUUGAAAAUCGGUCAGCAGGUUGGGUUAAUUGUCCAGUCAUUGAUAGUAGGCAUAUAAUUAUUGGUUUAGAAUUCAAAGGACCUGACAAUUCACUUCGAGUUCGUCAGAUUCGCAUACUUGGUGAAAUCGAAGGCGAGUCUUUGAAGAUUGGGAAGCAGCUGAGUACUGCGACAAUUCAGAAGAAGAACUGUGAAGCAGAAACUUUGAAAGUUUUCCGUUUAAUCACGUCGCAAGUUUUUGGAAAGUUAAUCCAAGGAGAGAAAGCACAGCAGCAGUUACAAAGAGAGAGCGCCGAAACGAGUAAUAAUGAACUCGAAGAUAGUAAUGACCUCAGAGAGCACAUGGUUGGAAUUUUAUUUAGUAGAAGUAAAUUAUCGCAUUUACAAAAGCAAGUUUGUGCUCACAUAGUUCAAGCAAUUAGAAAAGAAACAAUACGACUACGAGAGGAAUGGGAAGCUUCUCUAUUGUCACCAACACCCGCAAAUAGUGUGCUAAGUGACUCUAGUGAUCUUCCGAAGGCUUCAGAUACUUAUUGCUUCGAAAUGCUGUCAAUGGUUUUAGCCUUAAGUGGCAGUUCAGUUGGUAGGAAUUAUCUUUCUUCUCAGUACGGCUUAAUUAAAGACAUUCUAAGUCUUCUACACACAGGAUCAGCUCGAGUUCAACGUCAAGUAACUUCACUUCUCAGGAGAAUUUUACCAGAAAUAAAACCAGAAAACUUAGCAAACGUACUUGGCCUUGAAAAAUUACCCCCAUCGGAUUUCAGUAUUGUAGCAACAGCAAACGGUUACUCCCAAUUAUCUAGUUUCAAUGAAAAUGCCAUAGGAAUUUUAGACGUAUUUUUAAGCUGUAUAGCUAAGACUCUGGUAGUCCAAGUUAAGAUAAAAGGAAAAGAAAGUAACGGAAAAGCUCUUCAAACAGUUUCGUUGGGAGUGAGUAUCGACCCAAAAAAUUUUGCUGGUUCAAGAUGGUGUCUAAAAGGUCAUAUGAAUAAAAAACUAGCUGAAGUAAUUAUUCAGCUAUUAAAAGACAUGGGUUCUGGAAAAUUAUCGGAAACUUGGGCUGCAGUAACGAAAGCUGCGAUAGCUGAGAACAUUCUUAAUCUCACCAGAUUAGAUGAGAAACGUCGAGAGCCUACUGAGUGUCUUAAAACUUCUACAUUAUGGUUAGCAUUAGCUUCUCUAUGUGUUCUUGAUUCUGACCAUGUGGAAAGGUUAUCAUCUGGACAGUGGAAUACAAUGGAUGGACAACCACCUCCACCGAGACCUACCUGUAGUAAUCAUGAUGACGAUGAAACAACUGCAAUAAUUCAGUGCAAUGUCUGCGGUAAUUUAUGCGCUGAUUGUGAUCGUGUAUUACAUCUUCAUCGAAGAACAAGAGUUCAUGUUAGACAGGUCUGUAAAGAGGAAGAAGAAGCAAUCAGAGUAGACCUUCAUGAAGGCUGUGGACGAACAAAACUUUUCUGGGUGCUUCUACUCGCUGAUAGUCAAACUUUGAAAGCUCUAGUAGAAUUCCGCGAUGGUGCAACGAGAAAACCAACUGUUGGUACAUCCGGAGUCUGCAGAUUCUGCGGAACUACUGAUAACACGGGGCUCCUAGCUAUUGGAAAUGUUUGUUCAGAUCAUGAUUGUCAAGAACAUGCUAAAAAUGCCUGCAGUAAAAUUCACAACUGUGGACAUAUCUGUGGAGGAGUAAGGAGUGAAAAGACAUGCUUGCCUUGUCUACACAGAUGCGCGCCAGGAAAUGAUUUAAAACAGGACGCUGAUGACAUGUGUAUGAUUUGUUUUACUGAAGCAUUAUCAUGUGCUCCAGCAAUUCAGCUACAAUGUGGACAUGUGUUCCACCUUCAUUGCUGUAGAAAUGUAUUGUCAAAGAGAUGGGUUGGGCCUAGAAUUACUUUUGGCUUUUCCUUGUGUCCAAUUUGCAAGGUUCCGAUGGAGCAUUCGACUUUGGAAGAACAUUUGAUGAGUAUUCAAGAUCUGUAUGCUGAUGUAAAGAGAAAAGCUUUGAUGCGGUUGGAAUAUGAAGGUUUACACAAGGCUGAAGCUGUUAUCACACCAGGUGGUCGUUAUUACAAAGACCCAGCUGCAUAUGCGAUGGACCGUUAUGCAUAUUACGUUUGUUAUAAAUGCCAAAAGGCCUACUAUGGUGGUGAAGCGCGAUGUGACGUCCAACUUGGUGGAGAAUCAUUUGAUCCCACUGAGUUGGUCUGUGGUGCUUGCAGCGACGUGGCAAGGGCUCAGAUGUGUCCCAAACAUGGAACUGACUUUCUCGAGUAUAAAUGUCGAUACUGUUGCUCGACAGCAGUCUUUUUCUGCUUUGGUACUACUCACUUCUGUAACCCCUGCCACGACGACUUUCAAAGAGUUACCAAUAUACCAAAGAAUGAACUUCCUUCAUGUCCUGCAGGACCACGAGCGAAACAAUUGGAAGGUGAAGAGUGUCCUUUACACGUGAAACAUCCACCCACUGGUGAAGAAUUCGCUCUGGGCUGUGGAAUUUGUCGGAACGCACACACCUUUUGAAGAGGAAUUUCUACCAGAGACAAUUUUUAUUCUACAAAAUACAUAAAAUUUGAAAACAACUCAAAGAUUUUACUGUGACCAUUGCGAUAAUGAACAAAGCAUUGCGAUAGAAUUGAGAUGCGUUAUGAUAUUACUGAUAAAUGCAUAGAAAUUAAAUAAAAAGAAUUAAUCUAAGUUAUAGAUUAAGAUUGAGUGUUAGCAAUGACCAUGAGUGUAUUUUUGUUUGAAGUUUCAAAUUGAGAAUGAAUUUAAAUGGUAGUUACGUCAUUUUUUAAUGACAGUAGGAUGAAUUGAGUGAGUGUAAUGAUUAAUUAUUUAUAUAAAAAUUAUUAUUAAUAAUAUCAAUAAUGAGAUAUCUCAGUGUCUGUGUAUAAAUUACCGUUUUUUAACAAAAAGAAAAACCAAAAAAAUGCAGUUUUUCUUUAAAAUGAGAAAAAAGAAUAAUUGUAUUAUGUCUGUAUGUAUAAUUAUUAUUGAAAUAAACUAAUUACGGUUUAUUGAUUAUGGUAUAAUAAUGAAAGACCAUUUGUUCAACAAAUGAAUUACGCAAGUUUAACUAUGGCCAUAAAAGCUGAUUAGAUUUAUUAUAUAUAAUUUAUGAAUGUGAUUAUACUUUUCAAGACUUUCAAGCCACACAAAUGCAAGAGAAUGGGAGAAUCUUUUAGCAUUUAGUUAUAUGAAUUUUUUUUCAUACUUUUUCAUAUAAAUUAUAAGAACUUAUAAAACGCUUAAUCGAAUUAUUGUUUAUGAUUGUUAUUAUCAUAAAACAUCGUACUGCAUUAGAAAAGCUGCUAUAAUCUUUUUUUAAGGAUAUUAGCAAGAUUGACAAAUAACAACUUAUUAAGUUCUUAUUGUCGUCCUAAAUAUAAUUUGACACUGAAAGGUUUAUUGUCCUGUCAGUGAGUUAUAUUGCAACCAUCAUUAAAAAAAUAAAUUAAACGAUUAUUUAUUUGUAAGUAAUGUAUUAGAAUGUAAUUAAUUCAUAUAUUUAAAUGAAUGCAAUAUUUUAUUU